AUGGCCAUUCACCAAGUGAACCCCGCGCACUACCUCGCAGGCUACAUGGUCCCUUGUUUGUACAAGGACCUCAGAGUCGGCAGUGGUCGCGUUAUCCCCACGGAGUUUACUCCUCCGAGUCCAGAAGAUACACCGCAGUCAUUGUUCCCACACUGCCCUAAAGUCACAGCAACGGACCGAGUCCAGCGAUUCAUCCGUCUCAACCAUGACAACCGAUCCGUCGAGGACGAGUUCCUCAUCUAUACAGACGGCACAUGCAUGGAUAACGGCAGACCGCACGCCAGGGCGGGUUGUUCAUUCGUUUACAACGAGUCUACAUCUGGUUUUGCACGCUUUCCUCUCGAGUACAAGGGGCCCACUGGCCAACAGCACCCAUUGACAAUCGACCGCGCUCAAGUCCGUGCCGUCGUUGCUGCUCUGCGGUACCGAGACUGGGCUGCGGAUGGCUUCAGUCGUCUGAUCAUUGCGACGGACUCGGACUACGUGAUCGACGGUAUCACACGAGAGGCGUAUGAAUGGACCCAGUUUAAUUGGAUCACACGCGCCGGGGAACCAAUCCGUAAUCGGGAUCUUUGGGAGUGUCUGCUCGGAGAGGUGGAAAUGUGGGCGGAGAGGGGAAUGAGCAUUCAGUUCUGGCGGAUUCCUAGAGAGUCGAACAUGAAGGCGGAUCGUCAUGCCAAAGAAGCUGGGUUUAUGGAAAGACAUCGUGAGUUUACCGAUCUGGCUGGUAUCAGCAAUGUUUCGAUCUAG